AUGGCUGGGAGGUUCUGGAAGCCUUUCUCCCGCUGCGUCGUCGGCGGCGUCGGGGUGGCUAACUACGACGACGACUUGAGCACAUCACGGCGGCGGCUCGUGCCAGCACGGCAGCGGAAGAGCAGCUCCCCGAGGAUGUCUUCCACGAGCCUGAGCUUGUCGCCGGAGGAGCUCUCGCGGACGCUGACGCUCUCCGGAUCGACCCUGCAUGCCUUCACCUACGCCGAGCUCCGUGUGGCGACGGGGAACUUCUCCCAAGCUAAGUUCCUCGGCCGCGGCGGCUUCGGCCCAGUCUACAAGGGCACCGUCGACGGCGACGCGGCUGCCGUCAAGUGCCUCGACCUGGACUGCGACACGCAGGGCCACAGGGAGUGGCUGACAGAGGUGUUUUUUCUUGGGCAACUGAGGCACGAUAACCUGGUGAAGCUGAUCGGGUACUGCUACGAGGGCGAGCACCGGAUGCUGGUUUAUGAGUUCAUGGCCGCCGGGAGCUUGGAGAGCCACCUCUUCGAAAGUAUCAUUACUGGCUCUCUACCGUGGAUGACAAGGAUGAAGAUCGCCUUCGGUGCAGCCAAGGGCCUUGCCUUCCUCCAUAACACCGACACACCGGUGAUCUACCGCGACUUUAAGGCCUCAAACAUCUUACUCGACAUGGAUUAUAACACCAAGCUGUCUGAUUUUGGGUUGGCCAAGGAUGGACCCACAAGCGACGAGACUCACGUGACCACACGUAUUAUGGGGACACAUGGGUACGCAGCACCAGAGUACAUCAUGACGGGUCACUUGACCGCUAAGAGCGAUGUUUAUAGUUUUGGUGUAGUUUUGUUGGAGCUCCUAUCCGGGCGUCGAUCUGUGGACCAUGCACGCCGUCCAAGGGAGAAGCACCUUGUGAACUGGGCUAGGCCAUAUCUCAAGCAUUAUGAUAGGCUAUACAAGAUCAUGGAUCCAACUCUCGAGUGUCAUUUUUCAUGCAAAGGAGCAGAGGUGGCGGCAAUAGUGGCGUACAAAUGUCUCACUCAAAACCCAGAAUCCAGACCCACCAUGAAGCAGGUGGUCAAGGCCCUAGAGCCUAUUCUUGGCAUGGAAGACUUCUAUAUUGAGAGUCCAUUUGUGUGCACAGUUAUUGUAGACAAGGAAAAGGUGGUGGACAUGAAGUUGGAUAUUGAGGAGAAGCAAAUCCCCCAUCACCGAAACCAUCGGGACCGACACCGACAGAAUUAUCCCAAAUCGAUAAUCCACACCGGCAAUGUGCUCCGCGGACAAGAUGGUCUCACUGUCCGGUACAUGGCUGUACAUCGGCGACAACAAAGGUCGACAAGAUACCACCGUGUAGGACUAGGGCAGUGA